AUGGACACUCCAAAGACGCCGAUUGAGGGCAGCGCCUUUCUGCCAGUUGGCGAACCGGAUGGUGAUGAGGAGCACAACAUGAGCGCUGUAGAAAGCGAGCUCGACGAUGAGGCGGAGAACGACGACGAUGAGACCGAUGACGAUGAUGAGAGUCAUGCGUCGUCGGAGGAAGACCCGGAAGUCUCAAAACCCAUUCAGACGAAGAUCUUCGAAGCGAUCGAGAAGAUCAAAACGAAGACCUACAAGCUCGGCAAUCGCGACCAGCGCAAGCGGUUCUUCGACACCUACGGCGAAGCCAUGAAGAACCGAACUGAGGACGACGAUCUUACGUUUCUGCACGUUCUUCUCAAUACGCGUGACAUACCGGUCAAGACGCUCGAGUCGCCCGUCAAGCACAUUGUGCAGAAGUACCCUCGACUGCUCCUCGAGGCUGACCGCGAGAAGAAGACGCCGCUGUACAUCGCCAUCGAGUCCUCCAAGAUGAGCCGCCUCGCCGAGAUCAUGAUCGACGGCUGCAAGUACUUCGACAGGGCCCUUGCUAAGCCAUGUCGUGAGAAGGGCGAGAACUGCCUGCAUCUUGCCAUGCGAUCGCGACAUCUGCCGGGUGCCGUCAAGCAGAAAUUUAUCAGGCUUGCGCCCAAAGAGGCCAUUUACGCUCAGGACAGCAAGGGCUACACCCCGCUCCAUUACGCUGUCGAAUUCAAGCGUGCGAAUGAGGAGCAGCUCGAGGUUGUCAAGCAACUCAUCGCCAAGGACGACACGGCAUUUCUCAAGGUCACCAAGGCUCCCGAUCCCCGGUCGGUGUAUCAGUAUGCAGAGCACACUCGCCUUACCUACGACGUCCCAAAGGCAUCAACAAGGACCCCCACAAGCUCCAGAUCAAAGGAUAAGAAUGCCGACUCGAGGACGCCAGGAGAGCAAGACGCAUCCAGGGAUCAGCCUGAGCCACAAGCAACGGCAGCGCCCAAGCGUGAACUAGACCCCAAGUCCAAGCGGGAGGCCGAGAGAAAAGCGCGCGAGGAGAUAGAGGCGCGACAGAAGAAGGAAGCCAGUUCGCGCCAUGGUCAGGGCAGAAACGAGAACCCCGAUGUUAAGUCUCGUGAGCCUGUGGGCCCGCCGCCCGUUGAUGGAUCGCGGAAAGGGGACGCCGUCGAUCCGCUAAUCCGGUCGCUCACCCGCAAAGCUACUGUCACAUUUGAUGAGACGGCAAAGGAAAAGUCUUCACGCAAGUCUCGCAAGACGGUCGAAGAUCCCAAAGAAGCUGAGGAAACGAAGAAGAAGCUGGAGGAGUGGUCAGCGAAGAUCCGUUUGGAGCUCAAGCUGCAUUGCAUGAGGACCAGAGCUCCGGAUGAGACGACACGGUUCUUGUACGGGAAGAAUAAGGCUGGCACACAAAUCUGUUUCGAGUACUUCGGCGCUCCAGCUGCCAUCAAGUCUCGCGAUUUCAAAGCUAGUUUCGAGCACCUCCGUUUUGAUGAGGUCCUGCAAUAUGUUGCCUUUCCUCGUCUUGAAGUCGAGCCCAAGCCGGCUCUACACCCGAGAACUAACGCCGCAGACGAGGACUAUCCCCUCGAGAACCUAGGACGCGGCCUGACUGACAUGAUCUACUUCUUCGACUGGCUUCGCAAGAAAAAUGUUAAGCGCAUUAUCAGAGUCAUCGUACAGGAGGUCGACGGUCAGCCUUCGCACAGUGACGAGGCUAUCGAGCGGGCAUUGGCUGGCUUUCAGGUCGAGGCACUGGACUGGCAGAAGCCAGAUCUCGACCCAGAUACGAUAUGUGCCGUCAGCGAAGAACUAAGGGAACUGACGCUCCACUGGCGAGGAAACAAUGCCGUGCUGAAGGGCUGGAGUGAUAACGACGGCCUUCGCCGGCUGCGGCAUCUGGAGAAGGUCCAUAUGCACAUUCAUCGGCUGCCUGCUGGGUACGAUGAGAAGGCAGAAGUUAACCCAAUGACCCAGGACCUUGAGACCGUUGAUCGAUCCCUGCUGUACUUUCAAAGGUUCUGCAAGAGACUCAAUGAGGAUUGUGUUCCAGCCGCUCGAGAGGCACCGCUACCAACAGACGAGGCUAGGCUGUCCAUCUCGAUUCCCAACGGCAACGGCAUUGGCGAUGAUGCAUCUGAAGUAAGCAGAGAUGAUCAGGGUGAAAAGAUCGAGACAUUGGCCUUCGCGCGUCGCAAACCCGUGCAGGUUAUCUCACACAACAACGACAUCAGAGCAGACACAUCCCUUGGCGCUACACCCUCUGCCUCGCAAGCAGAGGCCAAGGCGCAGGCAACUUCUCAUCGCUGGCUUGACACAACUGAUAACUUUGCUGACAUGAUUCAAAACGUGUGGAUGACUGCCAUGCGCAAGGGUCGCGGGGGGCCAACUCGUGACCAACCUCUGCUGAAGCAUGUCGUUGUUGCUCUCAUCGACGAUGGAGUUGACAUGCAUGAUCAAUCUCUCCAGGGCAAGAUCCUCGAUGGUCAAACAUUCGACCACGGAGACGACUUCCGCGUUCGUCCAUACUGGGUGUCGGAAAAGGGCCACGGUACAGUCAUGGCAAACAUGAUCUGCCGAGUCUGCCCCAUGGUCAAGAUUGUGGCCAUCCGCUUGGAUACAAGAGCUUCAUCCACUCCAGGCAAGACGAGCAUUGUUGUUCGAAGUGCGGCAGAGGCCAUCGAAGCGGCCGUCGAGAAGGACGCGCACAUCAUCUCCAUGUCCUGGACUGUCGCUCCACCCACCGACACCGAGGAUAAGGAGAAGUUCGACGAGGCGAUCCGUAUUGCUGCCAAGCAGAAGAUCCUCAUGUUUUGCUCCUCCAGCGACGGCGGCCACUAUUCCGACACUGACUACCCGAGCGCCAGUGCCCGCGACAGCCUAUUCCGCAUUGGCGCCGCCCAAGACGACGGUCUUCCGUACUCGUGGGCUGGGCCCGUCGACAAACUCGACUACAUUUUCCCCGGCGUGGAGGUGGUGCAGCGCAGCUCGCGGCCAGCACCAGGUACGCUCGCCAAAUGGAAGCCCGAAACAGGGUCCAGCAUCGCAACCGCUCUAGCGGCUGGGCUGGCGGCGUUGGUGGUGUACUGCGUCAAGAUAGGGGCGCUGCAUACGCAGAGUAAUCCAGGGGCCAAGACAACCGGCGUCACGGCAGCUGACGUUGACCUGAUCAAGAUGCACAAGAACAUGAAGCAGGCUUUCGACGGAAUCGGUGCAAGCCGGGAGACGCAGCACAAGUUCAUCGAGGUCUGGCGGUUGUUUGAGUCGGCGGUUGGCGAGCUGAGAUCAGGAGACCAUGACAGCCGCAUGGCGGUGAUUGCCAACUUGGCAAGGAACCUGGUGCGAAGGUCAUGA